UAGAACAAUGUUUACCUAAAACACAUUGCAUCUUCACAAUACUUUUAGAAAUAUGUAUUAUACAAAAAGAGGAUGUAUAUAUCGUAGCGUUUGUACAAUCAACUUAACAUUCCUUGUUCAGAAAGAGAGAUAUUGAGAACAUUUCAUUUUUUACAGAUGGAAGUGGAGUGUCGGUUCCUAUGCCCCCUACAUUUGAAAAAAUAAAAGAGGAGAUACUGAAGAAGAUUGAAUCUGGAGAUAUUCUAUUAGGAUCUUUGGUUGAGCCAAAAAAAUAUAAAAAAGCUGUGAUAAAGAAUGGAGUGAUUUUCAAUGAAGAAUUCACAGUAUCUGGUCGUUGUAUACCACUGAGUGACAUUCGCAGAAAGAUUUUUGAAGAACAUCAAAGUUUGGGGAUUAUGAGAAAUCCAAAAGGUGCUUUGACAAGAUACUUCAUACUAUGGUCUGAUCAUGCAUCACUUUUGAGUGCUGGCCAUUUACUAUUGACUGUCAAAGUUGUUUACGAUGACAAGUUAUUUUAUACAGAUGAGGAAAUGUAUGCAAAAACAGGAAUUUGUCAUGAUGUUCAAGAACUUGUGGAGCGUCCAUCCGUUUAUAUUAUUGGUUUUGCCCAGGAUAGCAUUGCAGAGAAGCUUUCAUAUGUCGAAACCAGACUUAAUGACAUUAGAAAAUUGUCUGACCCAUUAAUUGUCAAUGAUAAGAAAGUGGUUGAUGUGAUAAGGUUUUUUCAUGGUGACCAUCCUGAAAUACAAUACGAGAGUGGUAACUCUCAUGGUGGAAACUUUCCCUGUCUUUGUGGAUGCAAAAAAUCAAGAUUUACAGAUAUAGCCCAUGUCUACAGUAACAAAAUAGUGUCCUUGGAACAAAGAAGGAAGAAGGUAAUAUCAGGCCCAGCAGGACAACAACAAAAAGCUGUGUCUCCAUUUCAACAACUCAAUGUGGAGAAACUGGGUCUUGAAGUAAAUUACAGAAACCUUGACCGUGACUUACCAGUUCAUCAAAAGUUGCACAAAAAGGACCUUGAACAGCUACUAAAAAAUCAUUUGACAGGAAUUAUCCGUGUUCCAGCUCUUUGCUUUGGAAAUGAACAUAGUACAAUGGAGUCCUUGAAUCUUGCUAAUUAUGAAGUGAUGCCGAUUGAACCACUGCAUGAUUGUAAAGGACAUAUCAAGAAUUUGUGGGAUGUUUUGCAUGAAGUGUUGACACCUCAAGAGAAUAAAAUUUUUCAACAGUCCCUAGAUGCCACAUAUGGUUCGAAGGACAAGGUGAGAGGAUCUGACUAUCGGCUGUCAUCAAUAGUUGUUUACCAAUCAAUGCAAAGCACUUGCAGAAAGGAAAUCAAAGAGUUGUUGUACACAUUGAUGGAGCUAGUUCGGUUAUCAUAUCUUAAAUCCCAAAAAAGGUCCCCACGAAUUAUUCUACGAUUACAUAAUAUUAGUUUCCAGCAUGCCAUGUUGUGCCAAGAUCUGUUUGGGCAUAAUUUAAAGUCAAUGUCUACACAAAAGCUUUAUGGCAUUUAUUAUCAUGGCUUGACAACACAUUUAGCAGAAGUAUCGAGAAUUAUCUCACCAAGCUCCUUACACACAGAGAAUGAAGAACAGCUAUUCAGCAAAAUUAAUCAAAUAAGUUUGAGAACAUCAGCCAGAUCCUUAGAAUCCAUACGUGAUAAUAGCAUCAUCCGUAUUCAAGCUGAACAGAAAUUUAUUGCCAAAGAAUGUUCUAGAAAAUCAACUAACACAUCUAAAAUAUCGAAAUUUUCAGAGAGUGUACUUGAUGAGAAAAGAAGUUGUUUUAACAUUAACUUACCUCUACGGAAAUAUCAGGCACACUUGGAAAGAAUUGCAGAUUUUUUGCUCUAUGGUAAUGGUGUUUGGUGGCAUAGAGAAAAUGAUAUUAUCAUAUUUCAUGAUGGAAAAGAGGAUGAUGAUUUCAGAGUUGAAGGGCCUUUGAUGACAAAUUUCAAACAAGACAACCUGCAAUCAGUAGCAAAAGAUGUAGAAGCUUGUUGGAAGAAAUGCGUUGAUCGUGGUAUUGAAUUGCCAAUCACAAAGAUAAAUACUUUCGACGAAAAUGGAGAUUUAAUAGAAUGCAAGGCACUUGAAGAAACUGGCGUUACAAAUCCAAAAGCAAACAUAACAAGUAAUAUCAAACUGAUGAUAAUGCAGAAUAUGAUAAUGCGUAUAUAUCACAUGAUAAUAAUGAAGAGAUAG